GAUGCGUAAGCUGAUUUGUUUACUGUGCUGUUUACAAACGGCUCGCUCGGCUUUCGACGUUAGAGUGGAGUGUUGGGCCAUUGGACGAUUUCUUAGACGCUACUCUACCCCAGUUUUUCGACUAAAUGAUUUUGGUACAGUUAAGUUUGUUUUUGAUGUUCCUAAAGUUAAGCAAAGCUGUUACCAUAAAAUACAAUUCGAACUUACAAGUAAUGUGUCCGAAGUGGAAAGCAUUGCUUUCAGAUGGACGAAAUGUGUUCGAAUGGUAAACUGUAUUGCUAAUUGGACUGUAGAUGAAAUAAGUGACGGUUAUUCAAAUAGACCGUGGCAUGUGACUAUGCAGCAUUAUCUGCACCCUGAUGUGUCAAACAUAGAAUGGACUUUUCAUGCUUAUUCCGAAGGAAUAGAAAAUAUAGAACGGGGUGAAUCCGAAUCGUUCAAUAUAGAGCGAAAAGUGUCAGAAAGAAAAGAGAACAUUUUAUCCUCCACAGAUGUUCUGUUUACGCCAAGAAAAUCGGAUUUAGGGAAUAUCGAGCCGUUCAUCUACUUCGACGUCUCUUUUCUGACAGUUUCACUUUCGAACGAACCGUUUCUGUCUUUCGAGUUCUUAGGCACAAAUAUCUCAGAGGUUUUAAAGAUUUCGCUAGAUGAUGAAUUUUGCGGUUGUGAUGUGGAAAAUGUGGAGGGAUUGGCGCUGUACUCAUGCCAGGCGGGUAGGCGUAUAGUUGGUGACACUACCGAUUUAUUGCGCGUCGUUGGCAAAUCUUGCGUGACCGACGGCAUAUCUGUCAACUAUACGUUUACGACAUUCUAG